UUAAAAUUAUUGGUGUAUCAAAUAUUAAUUCAUAUGGUUAUUUAAAUUAAUAAAAUUUUAAUUUAAAAUUAAUUAUUAUUUAAUUUAAUAAAUUAUUGAAAAAAUAUGUAGUUAAAAUCAGUGAUUUGGAAAGCAAAGGCGCAUAGCAAGGGACCAAGCUUGCAUCCGGCCGGAAGAAAGAAAGGAACAAAGAAACUUGCAUAAUGCGACCGCCAUCUCUACACUGCAAUUUCUUCUCAUCUCUCAAACAGGUUGAAAAAAGAUUGAAACUAGAAGAAGACCAACCAGAUUCAGGACAACCCCAUGUCCCUACUCAAUCUUUAAGCACCCCAUUUUACCUGCACUUAACCCACCCUUCCAACACCAACAUAACCAACAGCGAACCCCCUCAAGCUUUCAUGUCUUCUUCACCUCAGUCCGUUUCUACAAAUGAAACCCAACCUCAGAUUAAUCCCCCACAUUCCCCCACAACAAGCAAAGACACUGAUGAUAUCGAAUAUUUGAUGCAGCUUUUGGGUUUAUCGGAUAAUCUGGGAGAAACCCAGAAAAGAGAGAAGCACAAAACUGUUGUGGGUGGAGGGAAUUCUUGUGGAUGUGAGUGUGGAUUUUAUGAGAAGAUUGUUGGUGUUAAAGGGCCAAAGUGUGACAAAGAAGUGGAAAGACUGGAAGGUUGGAUUAGAUAUUUCUCCAGGAAUGGUAGUGAGCCAUUGAGGUUGGCUUUCUUGCUUAUGGCUAAAGCUGCUUUUGAGAGUGCUGAUGAUUCUGGGUUUCAAACCCUGGAGUUUCCUUCAAUUAUAGAUGAAUUUUUAAAGAUUGACCCUCCUAAAGACUGACAGUCUGAGACAUUACUAGGAUUCUUAUUCAAUGGAUUUUCUUCUUUUGCAUAUCACCAUUUAAUGUCAGAAGGUAAUGGUAAUAUAAAAAUACUUUCUUUUGUUUUGGACUAGCUGAUUUAUAAUUGUACAUUUUGCUUGGACUUGCUUUUAUAUAUACUUUUGAUUGGUUAA